AAUAUCGCUGUCACUUAAUUACAAUCAAAAUACUUUUGAAUCUGUGACGACGUUGUAGGUUUAUAGGGGUAGUGAGUUUGUGUCUUUUAUUUUGUUUUGUUGUAAAUAUUUGAUCUAAUUUACAUUUUAAAUAUGACGGAUGAAAAUAUAAACUUGAGUGAUAAUUCAGAUUUAGAAGAUGUUGGUACGCAAGAACUUCGUGGAUAUUUAAGUAAAUGGACUAACUACAUACAUGGCUGGCAGGAUAGGUUUAUUGUUUUGAAGGAUUCCACAUUAUCUUAUUACAAAAGCGAAUUGGAGAGCAAUCUUGGAUGCCGAGGUGCCUUAUGUUUGAAAAAAGCCAAAGUCAAGCCACAUGAAUUUGAUGACUGUAGAUUUGAUGUGUCAGUAAAUGAUUGUGUUUGGUACCUGAGAGCUACAAACCCAGAGGAAAAGCAACAGUGGAUUGAUGUGUUGGAGUCAUUCAAAUUGGAAUCAGGGUAUGGAACUAAUUCAGAUAGUAGUUCAAAUGGGGGUGGCCUGCGGAGGCAUGGAUCACUUACAUCUUUGCAGUCAACAGGAUCUCAUGGACGUACAGCACGUCGGCUUGUCGAAAAAAUUGCAGAACUGGAGACAUAUACCGAAUUACUGUCAAAGCAAGCGCUUCAAUUGCAGAAUUACUUUGACAUGUGCGUGUCGACUUACCCACAGAUACAGGACGAAGCGGCUGAAGCUAUAGACGCUGUUAAAUUAGCUGAUGGCGUUCAUAUGAAGCAACACUCAGAGGAGGUGCGAGCGACGAGCGCGUCGUUCCGCGCCACGUGUAGCGCCACAGUGGUGGCCGUGCAGCACUGCCUCGAGCUGCUGCGGCGCCGCGAGCGGCAGGCGCGCCAGGCCGAGGAGCUCUACAUGGCUCUGAAGAAUCAACUUGCAGAAGCAAGGCUAGCAUCGAAGCCUGGUCCAGAUCAUGAGGAAGGACCGCACUCGACGUUACCGGACGACGAGUUCUACGAUGCGGUGGAGACGGGGUUCGACAAGAUGGAAGAGGAGCGAUGCGCGCGAGUCGCUCCGCCAGCGGAGGUCACGCGCGACGAGAUCGAGCUGCCCCCGCCGGCCAUCGAUAACCGGCUGACUGUUCACCCAUUGUGGCCAGAGAUCGACCGGAUAUCCACGGAACAGAUCCAGGCGGCGUUCGAGGGCGUCGGAGGUCAGAUCGGAUGGCAAUUGUUUGCUGAGGAGGGAGACAUGAGGAUGUACAGGAGGGAAAUGGAAGUAGACGGCAUGGUGAUGGACCCACUGAAGGCGAUGCACAAAGUGCACGGCGUGUCUGCUCGCGAGAUGUGCCAUUAUUUCUUCAACCCGAGAUACAGAUACGAAUGGGAGACGACGCUGGAGACGAUGAACAUAGUGGAGGCGAUAUCGUCGGAUGCGAUCGUGUUCCACCAGACGUUCAAGCGCAUCUGGCCGGCCUCGCAGCGCGACGCGCUUUUCUGGUCGCACGUGCGCGCCGCGCCGCAGCACACCUACGCCGUCACCAACCACUCCACAGUCAACGACGACUACCCGUCGAACACGGGAGCGUGCAUCCGGCUGUUCGUGACGGUGUGCCUGGCGUGCCGCACGUCGUGGCCGGCGGGCGAGGCGCCCUCGCGCGCCAACAUCACCACCAGCAUCGCCUACUGCAGCACCGUUAAUCCAGGAGGCUGGGCCCCCGCAGGAGUACUUCGCGCAGUUUACAAGAGGGAGUAUCCGAAGUUCCUCAAACGAUUCACAAACUACGUCGUCGAGCAGUGUCGCGGGAAGCCGCUAGUUAUAUAGCAACCGCUUUCGUACACUUGAAAUUAUAUAUAUAACAAGGGAAAUUUUUAUACAGGCACUACUAUUUUUAUCCCGUUUUUUAAAGGUGUUCUUGAUAUGGGCAACACUAGGGUCGUCGAAGUUUGUUCUGUGCUCGACCAUUUUUUUGUUUAAUAUAUGGAUAGUUGUGAGGAAGAAUGUUUUAAAUCUUUAGUCACGUGACGUAUAUGUGUAUCAUAAAUCAUUUAUAUAUAAAUAUGAUUAAUAAAUUAAAUCGAUGUGAACAAUUUGUUCGUUUUAAAUAAGUAAAAUUUUUAAUGUGGUGCAAAUUGUACUUGAAAUAUGUAACAAUAGCGAUCUGUGUACUUGUCAUAGUAAUGUAUAUUAUAAUUAUGUAUGUUGUGUAAAGAUUUCUCAUUGUAUAGAAAACGUAUUUAUGCACAUGCGAAAAAUGAGAAACGUUCGUUAGGUCAAAUUUAUACAUUAUAUAUAAGCGAAAUAAAAUAUAAAUGUGUAAUAUAACUUAUUAAGUUUACAAUUUUAGUUAGGCGUCUUUAAAUAUUUCUCUACAUCACGCUAUGACUUUGUCUCUUACGUAUGAACUAUUUAGCUGAUUAAAUGACCAAGCUAUUUCCUUGCAUCGGUUGAAUCACAGUUAAGGUAAGGCGCCAAAUAUAUCAGGCUAUUUUUUCAUCCUUUCCCACAAGGGUGAUCAAUAAUAGAGUGUAGUAGUUAUAAACAGCAUACUAUAUAUACUUAGUUUUAUUGUAUACCUUGUCUAGGUAUAUCAAGAUCUAUGUCUUUAUGGAAAUUUGGUUUGCUUUGUAUCUAACUUGAUAUACAUGUAUAGAUAGUUUAUGGUUACAUUUAUCUAUGCUCAAUCUGUUGAAUUUAAUUGUAUUUUAUUUUCUCACCAUGUCAACUAGAGUUUCUAUUAAUAUGUAAUGAAAAAAAUGUAAAAAAAAACUUUCCUUUGAGUAUAUCAUAUUUUAUUUUAAUACUCGAAGAAAAGUAUAAGUAUAAUAAACAACACAAAUCGACGAAAACGACACGUAACGGCCUCCACACGGUGAAAUGUAAUAAAUAAUUCCUUAUUUUAUACAUUGUGGAAAUAUUUUUAAGUGACUUGUAAGCAUUAAUUAGUAAUUUUAAAAAAUAAAAUAAAGUAAUAGUUUUUAUAAAAACUGAUUGAAAUGGCAUUAUUUUAAUAGUAAUAGUAAAGUUUGUUUAAGUGUACCUUAACUAAACUUGUGAACUUAAUUGAAAUACAAUGUACCUAUGAAGAGUAUAGCGAAGGCUGUACAUAUGUAAUAUGUAACAUACUGUAUAAAUAGUUUAAAAUAUAAAUUUGAAUAUAAAAAAUGUUAAUAUAUCGAACACGUUUUUAUUCUAUGGAUCUCUUUAAAUAUAAAAUUCAAUUGAAAAUAUGAGGGUUGUUGAAAGUUUUGACUCGGGUUAUUUAUUUUGCACAAUUCUUAUACAAUUUCGCUUCAAUUAUUUAGUUUUAUUAUUCUUAAUUUGCUCCACUCAGGCUCAAUUCCUUUGACUUAAAUGUAAAACAGGGAGUCUUCAUAGCGAUUUCUAUAUAAAAAAUUGUUUAUUUUAUUAAAUAUGUAACUUUACCAUAACUUUUCAUUCCAUUUUCUACUAUAGGUUCAUGAUGAUUUAUUUUGUUAUGUCAUUUUUUGUAUGAAAAUACGUGUAUGAGCUAUAUAAUUAGUCUACGUAUCAUAUUUUAUGUCAUGUAUUGGAAACUAGAACAGUAUACGUUUAUUUAAUUUUACUUAUAAAUAAUAUUAUUACGUGUGUUGAAGAUGGACAUCUUAAAGGGCACCUACCGGUAGAACCCCACAAUUUAAUUAUGAAUAUUUUCUAAUUCGUUUUUAUGAUCAGUUUUUUAAGGGCGCUGUUUGUUUCGUCUCAAUUAUAGGAAAGAGAGAAGGGUAUUUAGAUUGCAUUUAUAGCAAUGUUGAAAUUAUGUGUUAAUAAAUGCCUGUUUCUGAACAGAUUUCUAUAGUUUGGUCACAAUUACCACGUUUGUACAUGUUUUAAAUAUGCAGAGUUUGACAUCUUAUUGCUUAUAAAUUGUAUUAUUUUAAAAUUUGAGACGUAUUAGUACAGUUAUUACUGAAUUUAUGUCUUAUUCAUGGACGUAAUAUUCACGUGACCUUUGUUCCGAAACAGCUUUUUUAAAUAUGUUUUUUAAUAAUUAUUGUUUAUAAUAAAACCUUUUUAUGGACAAA